AUGCCUUCCAACCGCCCCAACGACCUGGAUCUCCGGCCCGGCUCGCAGGAGUCCAACAGGUCGCGCCAAAUGCAAUUCCUCGGUGACCUGCCGUCGCCGCGCACCGGCGAGGUGCCGCCCGCGCUGUCGCCGCUCGAUGCCUUUGCGAUGCAGUCGCGCCUCUUGGCCAAGAGGUUUGAGGAGGAGAAAAACGGCCGCCGCAUCAGCAGACUGCCCCCUCUGACCAUCCAGAAUCAAUUUGGACGCCAGCGCCAGCCGCAGGGCUACUACCGUUCGCACUCCGCCGAGCGCGAAGGCUCCGACGGACGCUCGCCCGAGGAUGAGCACCCCACGCCGCAGAGCGCGAAGGAGGUCACGCCCGUCAACCGACCCAUGUCCCAGUACCCGACAAUCUCGGACGAGUUCGGCGGACCCAUGUCGCAAUACGACCCGAAACUCUCGCCGCUUGGCGAGGAAGAGCGCACUCCGCCCAACGCCCAAGACCCUGGAGACUACUUCACAAUUCCUCGUGCUGCAUCCCCGGAGCCGAUAGAGCCUCCGGUAGAGACUCGCGUUGAAGAGGCCACUCCCAACACACCAGAGACCAAGUAUGGCCCCGCACAGGCUUUCCGCGCGCGUCCGCAAAGGACCCCUACUCUGGAAUCGACUGCUUCUGCAAGAUCAGAUGGUAGAGGCUUGAUGCCUCCCAGAUCGCCAGGCCCUGCUCGCUCGCCGCGUUUAGUAUCGCCGACCAUCCGUUCAGUCAGAAAUGACAGCGGUGAUGAUGUCGAGGGCAUGUCGCUGGGCGGAUCUUUCGAUUCUCUGCCUCCCCGCCAGCUCUCUUCGAACACGAGCUAUUCCAGAUCCCAUUCUCCUGCAUCUCCGUAUGCACCGUCUCUCCCUCGGUCGCCUUCCGUGUCGUCUGAGUGCUCCUACAACAGCCAAAGACUUCCGAAGCCAGCCUUCAACUUCUCCAGGCCUAGGCCAUCCCUGGACUCGCGCCCCUCGUUGUCGGAUCUGCGGCCGUCUCUGAACCACAGACCCUCAUUUGAAAGAGCAAGGACCCCCUCAAGACAGGCUUCUGGAGAUGGUUCCCAACGGGCUCCGUCCCGCCAGGAAUAUGGCGAGGGCCAUCAACUGCCGUCCUACGCAUAUGAGCAGGUCCACACCCCUAUCAGCAUGGCAAGUGACGAUUACAUGAGCGCAAAUGGCGAUGGCCCCGCGCCUUCCUAUAUUUAUGCCAAGUACGCCUUGCCGCGCGGACGGACUCUGGACAGGGAGUCUCUUUGCCCGCAGGACUUCAUGCAACAGCAGAUCAAGUGGGAGGAUGGCGCACCGUCAUCUUCUCGUGCUGGACAGCGUCCUCCGUCUCCGUCAUCCCCUCCGAAAUCAGCCAUUUCGGACAGAUAUUGCGACAAGCCCAAGUCUUUCGACAUCCCUCGCGAUUCGUCGCCCUCUGCUGUUUCUAGCAACAGCACUCUUAGGCCUCAUCACUCGCGCCCGUCAUCCUCGGGUGCAGCUACGAGUGUGACGGCUGGCUCUCGCAUCGCCGACAUGACGCCGUCAAUGCACUUGGAGAAAGGCAUUGAAUUCCACGAGAAGGGCGAGGUGCAGAAAGCAACUUACCACUGGCGUCUGGCUGCGAAGGCAGAAAUCCCGACUGCCAUGCUGCUGUACGCUCUUGCUUGCCGUCACGGCUGGGGCAUGCGCCCCAAUCCGUCCGAGGGCGUGAAGUGGUUGCGCAAGGCCGUUGAUGCUGCGCAACUGGAAUGCGCAGACGACGAGGAUCUUGCCACGAAGGGCAAGCCUGGCCCUGAUGUGAUUGAGCGGAGAACCCACAAAGCUCAGUUCGCCGUCAGUGUGUAUGAGCUGGGUGUCAGCUACAUGAACGGCUGGGGUAUUCAGCAAGACAAGGGUCUCGCGCUUCGCUGCUUCGAGAUUGCCGGUAACUGGGGCGAUGGCGAUGCCCUCGCCGAAGCCGGUUUCUGCUACCACGAGGGCGUUGGCUGCAAGAAGGAUUUGAAGAAGUCGGCGAAGUUCUACCGGAUGGCCGAGGCCAAGGGCGUGAGCGUCGCAGGAAACAGCUGGAUCCACAAGGACAAGUACAAGGACGACGAAGUGGAUGACGACCGCAGAGGUCGCUCAACCAGAAAAGAAGCCGACAAAAAGGCGCGUGACAAGUCGCGCACGCGUGCGCUCUUCAGUCGCAAGAAGUCUAUUGCGUAA